UUUUCUUCCAAAUUAAAGUGUUAAACUCCAUAAUACUUGGCAAUGCUAGAAACACUACAUUAGGGCAGGAGUUGUUGGUAGUAAUAAAACAGUUUUGCUACGAAUUUGACUGAUCGUCUCUGUCUCCUAGGUGUCGCAGAUAUCCUCCUGGAUAUCUGCAGUAGUGUGUCUGGUUCUGAGCUCCCCAGUACAAGAAGGAAAUGGAGCUACUGGAGAGAGUCCGGCAAAGGGCCGCUAAGAUGACGAAGGAGCACCUCUCCUGUGAGGACAGGCUGAGAGGGCUGGGACUGUCUAGCCUGGAGAGGAGAAGGCUCAGGGGACCUCAUCAGUGUGUACAAACACCUGCAGGGGAGGGUGUGAAGAGGAGGGAGCCAGGUGCUCUUCAGUGGUGCCCGGUGCCAGGACCAGAGGUGGUGGGAGGCAAGGUGAAGAAACCAGGCAAGCGAGGUCGUAAACCAUCCAAAAUAGACUUGAAGGCAAAGCUUGAAAGAAGUCGUCAGAGUGCAAGAGAGUGCAGAGCCAGGAAGAAGCUGAGGUACCAGUACCUGGAAGAGCUGGUUUCAAGCAGGGAGCGAGCCAUCUGCGCUCUUAGAGAAGAGCUUGAAAUGUACAAGCAGUGGUGCAUGGCGAUGGACCAAGGGAAAAUCCCCUCUGAAAUAAAAGCCCUGCUAACUGGAGAGGAGCAGGGCAAAGCACAGCAGAACUCAAUCAAACUUGUCAGGGCUGGGAAGACAGAAGCAAACAGCAGCAAUCCCUGAGGCCAAUGCAGAACCUUCCGCACUGCAGCAGAGAUAGCUUGGUAGCUAGCAGAAGAAUACUGUUGUCAGAGAAGUGGAUGCAUCCAUGAGUGCAGGGGGAAGGAUCCCAGUCCGCUGUCUUCUCUUUGCUCCUCCCCACAUGAAACUCUUUGAUUGUGGUGUUCCUAAGCCUGCAUGGAGUGGGGUUUUGGGGGUAAUAGGUGUUUGUGUAAGUGGAGCCUUGUUCUUCCUUUCUCUACACCAUCCUCCCCAAAUACAGCUGUGGCAGGUUUUGGGCAUUCCCGGUAAGAGAUGGGGACUGCUUUUGUAUCAGAGUCCAGAAUUAGACUGGCUUUGUGGUCAGUAGUUAUGUGGUUGGUAACCGUUGUGGGAGUCUGAGAGAAUCUGUCAGAGAAAAAAAAAAAAAAAAAAAAAAAAAAAGAGAGAGAGAGGCAAGAGGAGAUCUUGUAACAGCUUUGCUAAAGCCAAAUGGAGUACCAUAGGAUGAAGAGAAGGAACUGGAUCAAAAGCUUUCAGUAAGAAGACUUACGGUAACCUAAAUAAAGGUGUUGCUUUCAGCAUCCUUUUAUAAUGCAGCAUGUCUUUCAUGUUAUUAGGACUCUUAAAGAGAGGUACUAGAUAUAUUCCCUGCUUCUGCCCAUCCUUCUUUCGCAGGAUGUAUUUCCCACCCUUCAUGCUCCCAGUUAAGAUAGUUAAAGCAUGUCCCUCCACCUUGCUUCCAGCAGUGGAACAACUGCCAUCUCCUCCCACCCAUCGUAUCCUACUAUCUUUCUGUAGCUACCUACACUUUGGGCCCUAGUACCUUUCUAGCCUGCAACUUAAUAUGAAUUCUGGUUUCCCAGCCAAAGGCAAUGCCAAGAACUGGUAGCAAGGAAAACAAAUUGCAUCAAUUUGGUUUUCUGAUAAAAGAGGGGUGAUGGCAAAAGUCUGUGGGCUCAUUUACUCAUCCAAGAUACUGACGGAUAACCUGCCACUUCCCUUACACCACUCUUUAUCCUGUAUAUGCUUUUUGCAUGUAUAUGAUGCAAUGUGGAGAGUGGCGCACUCAGGAUCUUCAGUGGGGCUUUUUCUUGCUUGUUCUCAGUUCUGUUUGUGACAAUGUCUUUCUCUGUAUUUUAUGAAAUGCAUGGGACAUUUUUUAAUCUUAUGUUUUCUUCUUUGUUUCAUAGAAUAAAUAUUAUAAUGAAUGACUUUGCUAGACUGAAUGUUGCCUUCUUUUUAUUGAACUAAUUGAAUCUGUUUAGCAUUAUCUCAAUCCAGGAUUAGUCAAAAGCACUGAAAAUAAUAAAGCGCCAUAUUUCAGUGUGCAGCACAGUUGUUUUCAGAAUUCCAUUCUGAGCACUCUAAUAUUAAUCCUUAAGGCAUGGUUUUAAAUUUAUUUUCUAGACCCUCCACACAUGUACUUAGUUAGCAGUUGCUAGAAAUGUUGCAUAGACAUGGAAAACUAUUAUGAAAGGUUAAGUAAUGCUGAAGCAGAGACAGGGAGGGUAUGAGGGUUCCUCCCCGCCCUGUAUUUUAAGCUCUGAACUGCAGUUUUUCCUGAAAGAUAGCAUCAAAGCCAACCCCUAAGUUUUGGGAUUUUUGUCUACGUUGAAUGCUUGCCUGUCCUUUUUCUGGGUUCUCUGGAGGAAAAAAAAA